GUCCUCCUUCAGCCCCGGCAGUCGCCUUCAGGCGAGACGCAUGCGCCCUAGAGCCUCCCCGGGGGCCGGCACUCCCGGGAAGCCUCUGUGGAACCCGUUUAAGCUUCUACAGUUCUUAGCUCCUGCUGCUUCCAUCCUUGCGAUCCUCCUCCUCUUCCUCUUCCUCCUCUACCUCUUCUCAACCAUCCCCGCCGGGGACCACUGCGAGCUGCGGGUUGCAGCAUCUUUUUCAAUCGAUGCCAUGAUCAGGCAGGAGCUCUCUUCAUCCUAUCAGGAGCUAAAUGAAGAUCUGGAACAAGUGAUUGAGAACUCAGAUAGAGUAGAGGAAAAAGAAAGGAAGGACUCCAAAGACAAAGGCUCAGGCAUUUUGCCAGUCCUAGACAGUGAAUCUGUCAUCAGCAGCAUCCGUUUCAGCAAGGCAUGCCUAAAGAAUGUGUUUUCAGUGCUGUUAAUCUUCAUUUACCUGCUGCUCAUGGCUGUGGCCGUCUUCUUGGUCUACCAGACCAUCACUGAUUUCCGGGAGAAGCUCAAGCACCCAGUCAUGUCUGUGUCCUAUAAGGAAGUCGACAGCUACGAUGCCCCAGGUAUUGCCCUCUACCCUGGGCAGGCUCAGUUGUUGAGCUGUAAGCACCAUUACGAUGUCAUCCCUCCUCUGAACAGCCCCGGACAGCCGGGAGUGAACUGCACCACCAAGAGGAUUAAUUAUACGGACCCUUUCUCCAACCAAACCGUGAAGUAUGCCCUGGUGGUGCAGGGACCCCGGGAAGUAAAGAAAAGGGAGCUGGUCUUCCUUCAGUUCCGUCUAAAUGAAACCAGCGAGGACUUCAGCGCCAUCGACUACCUCCUCUUCUCUUCCUUCCAGGAGUUUGUGCAGAGCCCAGACAAAGUCCACUUCAUGCAGGACUGUGAGAGUGCCUACUCCAGCUGGAAGUUCUCUGGAGGUUUCCGGACCUGGGUCAAGAUGUCACUUGUGAAGACAAAAGAAGAGGAUGGACGGGAAGCUGUGGAAUUCCGGCAGGAGACGAGUGUGGUGAACUACAUUGACCAGAGGCCAGAAGCAGAAAGAAGCGUACAGUUGUUUUUUGUGGUCUUUGAGUGGAAAGAUCCAUUUAUACAGAAAGUCCAAGAUAUCAUCACUGCCAACCCUUGGAAUACAAUUGCUCUUCUUUGUGGGGCCUUCCUAGCAUUAUUCAAGGCAGCAGAAUUUGCCAAACUAAGUGUGAAAUGGAUGAUAAAAAUCCGAAAACGAUACCUGAAAAGGAAGGCGCAGGCAACCAACCACAUCAGCUGAGUGUGCCUCUGUGGGAUAGUCUUCAUACACUGGGUGGAACUGUGAACUUGAUGGGCUGCUGCGACAAACCCAGCUGGCCACCCCCAAUUCUGCAUUUGUCUGAAUAUUUGUCAUGCUUUUAAAAGCGACAGUUUGAAAAACGGACACUUCUGACGUCGCCUAAGAAGAGGCUAACUGGAGCUGAGGACAGAUCCAACGGCAACUCCUGAAGUUAUUUAAAUGUUUAAGUUAUUAAUGAACCAGUUUUAAAAAUUGGACCAACAGGGGCAGUUUAGGUGGCUCAGGAGAUACAGAGCCAGGUCUGGAGAUGGGAGAUCCUGGGUUCAAAUCUGACCCUGGGCAAGUCACGUAACCCCACUGCCUAGCCCUUAUUACUCUUCUGCUUUGGAAACAAUACUUAGUAUGGAUUCUAAGACAGAAGAUAAGGGUUUUUAAAAAAACUGGACCAGCCUUCUAAUUGGGGAUGGGAGGGUAUAGAGAAUGGGACUUUGGGGAGCUUGACAAAUGACCAAUCCACUGUGGAAGACGCUGUGCUGUCUUUCUCUCUGCUUGAGAUAAACGUCAAUCUUCCUUUCCGGUUUUGAUGGAAGACAGCGGCUUCAAGAGCCUCCGUGUCCUCCAGGUGAAUCGCGCUUCUCUCCAUUUGUGCUGGUUAUAGUGCUCUGAGAAAGCCAGCUGGUCUCCCUCUCCGCCAUGGCAGCACUAAAGGGCUUGGGGCUCAGCCAGCGCUGAAGUGCAUUAUCUCCCGGCAGGAUUGGCCCGGCAGCAGCUGGCCAGCUUUUUCACUGGAUGAGGAAGGGAUAGUCCAUCUUUUCAAACGACUUGAACUGAGCGAUUAAAUAUUUCCUGAUCGGCCAUUCGCUUCAUCGUGGAGCCUUCGAUAUCAGUCGCCACACAAAGCUCAGAGAAGCCCGUGGGGCCGCGAAUGUCGUAGGGGGGAAGCGAGGGGAGGCCCCGGGGCUGGAAGCAGGAGGGGGCUUCCAAGACUCUAAAAUUCACGGGAAAGAGGCCCCCGAGGAAGAGCCGUGCCCACAGAGAGUGAACCCUUCGCCGCCACCUCCAGGAUGGCCCAGUUCUUACCGGGCUUGUCAAGGAAGGGAGCCCGGAGGCAAAAUGGGGAGGGGAGCACCAGGGAGCUGACGGCAGCGCCUCCUCUGGCCGGCCCCAUCCAGGCUCUCUCAAUGGACAGGGCUAAGGCGACUUCUUUGCUCCUUUCACAACUCCAUCCGUUUAAGAUGAUCUUUACUAGUCUGGUCUGUGACUGCUCAUGGUUUGGAUGGGAAUAAACGUUUGAUGGCACUUA